AUGGAUCACAUCUUCCGCAAGGUGGAGCGGGGCAUCGACGCCCUUUUUGGGGAUGAGCGACACGCUCACACUCACUCAGGCCACGAGUGCCAUGAGCACCAUCCCGCCGGUCACGCCGAGAACAGAUUCCAGUCUUUUGCGCCUCAAACCACUGGUAACGCCAAGUGGUAUGUCGACGGAUGUUCCUACUUCUGGGCCGUUUCCGAAGCUAUCGAACAGGCCCGCGAAAGCAUUUACAUCUUGGAUUGGUGGCUGAGCCCAGAGCUGUACCUGCGCCGUCCUCCCUCUCAGAAUGAGCGCUAUCGCAUCGAUAACCUGCUCAAGGCUGCCGCCGAGAGGGGUGUCAAGAUUAACAUUAUCGUCUACAAGGAGGUUGAAGCCGCCUUGACCCUCAAGUCCUCUCACACAAGGACAUACCUGGAAAGCCUUCAUCCCAACAUUGGCGUGUUUCGACACCCUGACCAUGUGCCCACCGGAUACGACUUCCAGGCUGAGCUCAAGCAGAACUUCGCCAACAUGAACGUCAACACUUUCACCCUAUCCAAGGCUUCCGGUGAUGCCAUCAAGGCCAUUUACGGUACUGCUACCGAUGGAGUCACCCUAUUCUGGGCUCACCACGAAAAACUCUGCCUGAUUGACGGCAAGAUUGCCUUCAUGGGAGGUCUCGAUAUGUGCUUUGGCAGAUGGGACACCAACAGCCACCCCAUUGCGGACGCCCACCCCGGCAACCUGGAUGCCGUCAUUUUCCCCGGCCAAGACUACAACAACGCCCGUGUCUAUGACUUUGCUGACGUCGACAACUGGGAGCAAAACAAGCUCGACCGCACCAAGAGCUCUCGUAUGGGCUGGUCCGAUGUCAGUCUCAGCUUGAGCGGCCCCAUCGUGGCAAACCUGGCAGACCACUUCGUCGAUAGAUGGAACUUCAUCUAUGGCGAGAAGUAUGGUAAGAAGAACCCUGGAAAGUACCAAGCUCUCGGUGGAGGUGCUGCCAACGCGGAUGCUGGCAGAAUCGCCGAGAACGAGACAGAGAGCGGCGGUUUCUUCGGCGGAGGUGGCCAUACCAGCCACCUCUUUGGCGAUCUCUCUGACCGUAUCAACCGAGGCAUCAGUCGCAUGGCUGUCAGUGACGAUAACCAGGAUGACGGUCCCCGCAGAAUCGACCGUGGUGACCGGGCUGCUAACAUUCAGCUCACCCGAAGCUGCACGGAGUGGUCUGCUGGUCACCCAACUGAGCACUCUAUCGCGAAUGCUUACAUGCAUGCCAUCACCAACGCCCAGCACUACGUCUACAUGGAGAAUCAGUUCUUCAUCACGGCCACCAGCAAGGAACAACACCCCGUCACCAACAAGAUUGGUCGUGCCAUUGUCGACCGCAUCAUCCGCGCCCACCAAAAUGGCGAAGACUUCAAGGUCGUCGUCGCCAUGCCCGCUGUCCCCGCCUUUGCCGGCGACCUCAAGGCCGACGACGCCCUCGGCACCCGCGCCAUUAUGGAAUUCCAAUACAACUCCAUCUCCCGCGGCGGACACUCCAUCAUCGAGACUCUCCGCUCCGAGGGCGGCAUCGACGACCCGGGCCGCUACGUCCGCUUCUACAACCUCCGCAACUACGAUCGCAUCAACAUCUCCUCCACCAUGGCCGACGCCGAAGGCCGCUCCGGCGUCCGCUACGAGGACGCCCGCCGCGAGCACGACGACAACGUCGGCGCGGGCUACGGCGAGCAGGGUCAGGGCUACGGCACCCGCGGCGACUCCCAGUACGAGCGCUACCAGGAGGCCGCGUCCCGCGUCUCGGACCAGACCUGGGACACCGUCUCGGCGUGCUACAUGGACAGCGGCCGCGACCUGCACUCGGUCCCCUGGCACGGCGAGCCCGAGGCCGAGCUCGACGCCUUCGUCAGCGAGGAGCUCUACAUCCACUCCAAGCUCCUCAUCGCCGACGACAACCUCGUCAUCUGCGGCUCCGCCAACCUCAACGACCGCUCCCAGCUCGGCACCCACGACUCGGAGAUCGCCGUCGUCAUCGAGGACCCCACCCCCGUCGAGUCCGAGAUGGCCGGCCGCCAAGUUCGCCACCUCCUCCCACUCCUUCGCCUGCCUCGGCCUCCUCGACCACGCCACGACGGCUCGCCGGCGCGGAUGCGCCAACGAGCCGGACUCCCUGCCGACGCGCCGCGUCCCGCCGUUGUCCCGCAGUUCUGGGACCUCUGGGAGGGCACCGCCCGCACGAACACGGAAGUUUUUACAAAGGUCUUCCACAACGUCCCCAACGACCGCGUCCGCACCUGGAAGGACUACGACGAGUUCUUCUCCAAAUACUUCAUCAUCCCCGGCGCCAAGAAGGAGGAUGACAAGCAGAAGGAGGAGGAGGCCAACCGCGGCAAGGUCGAGUACGGCCACGUCGUGCGCGAGGAGUUCCCGGGCGGUGUGCGCGAGGUUAAAGACUGGCUGAACCGCGUGCGCGGCAACAUUGUCGAGAUGCCGCUCGACUUCCUCGUCGACGUGGACGAUAUCGCCAAGGAGGGUCUGUCUCUCAACAGCUUCACUGAUGAGAUUUACACGUGA